AUCAUCGCCUCCCGGGCCAGCCUCCCUUCCAUCGCCAUAUUGGGCCACUGGGGGGGAAAGAGGCUCGUCCUGCGCCCGCCCCUCGCGGCUUCCCCGCCUUGUUUUUCUCCUUCGGAGGAGCGUUGACAUCGGGCGCGGCGGGGCAGGAGCCUUUGGGCUUCCCCGCUUCGGUCUUCCUUCUUCUGCCCGGGGCGGGGGGAGGCUCGGCUUAUGCGCGGCGCGGCGCAGGGAGCGCCCCGGCUCCGCGGCGAUGUCGACGGUGCGCGUCUCGAGCGGGAGCCCGACGCUGGAGCGGAUGGAGGCGCGGCAGGCGGAGGGGGCGCCCAAGCCCUCGGCCUGCCGGAGCCUCUUCGGCCCCGUGGACCACGCCGAGCUGGCCCGCGAGCUGCGACGGCACCGCCGCCAGGCCGAGGAGGCCGCCCAAGCCCGGUGGGAGUUUGACUUCCUCCGCGAGCAGCCCCUCCGAGGGCCCGAGCCGCGCUUCGAGUGGCGCGCCCUGCGCAAGGACGCCCUGCCCGACUUCUACAGCCGCCCGCCGCGGCUCGCCCGCCGCCCCGCAGCCAGCCCGCCCCGCAGGCACCACUGCAAGGGACUCUCUGCGCACAACCAGGAGGAGGAGGAAGAAGAGGAGGAGGAGGAGGACGGGGUCCCCGAGGCAGCACGAGCGGAGGAGGGCCAAGGCCCGCCCAGUUCGAGGAAGCGGCCCGUCUCGGACGAUUCAUGCCUGCCAAACAAAAGAGCCAACAUGACAGAAGAGGCAAUUUCAGAGGGCUCUCCCAGUGCCAGCUCAGUGGAACAAACGCCCAAGAAAUCAAGCCCAAGGCAUCGUCAAACGUAAAUUGCUCAUGAGAAUAAAGAACAUUUGUUUCCUUGUUCUUUGGAGGCAUUGGGUUCAUGAAGCAAGGAAGAUGCAGAGUUUAUAUACGGAAGAAAAAAAACGUAUCACUGCUUCUCCAUGGAAUGGAGAACUUAUCAAAGCACUGAAAGAAAUCUGUCUUUGAAUAACACUAAAGUCAGGCACUCUUAAAAGAUCUGCCUCUUAAAGCAUUGGAUGUAGCAUUCUGCAAUUAGGUUUUUCCUCAUUUGCUUCAUUGUACUACCUGUGUAUAUAGUUUUUACAUUAUGUAGCACAUAAACCUGCAUCUCUCCCUCCCAUCUUUCAGUUGGUUUGUUUUGGGGAGGGGUGGAUGUCAUAAAAGGAGAUGGGUUCAAAAUUUGCUUCCAAAACCUAGCAGGCAAAGAGUUUUAUGGAGAGAAGCAGCACAUGUCUAUUUCUUAAAGAUGUCUUAUCCCAUUUAAUGGAGUCCAAGAAAAGCAAAUACAUGUUAACACUGGCUACAGCAGAUUGAGGUAAUUUGCUGGAGAAAUUUCUAGCAAUUUUUAUAUUUGCUAAAUUCCACUAAAAUGAAUGAGAUAUGUGGAAAAGCAGAUUCAUUUUAGGGGACCUUAUGCAAGAGGGCGAUUGUGUCCUAAAUGUUUUUGAGGAACUUUGUUUCCAUUAUGUAGCAGCAUCAAGGUCUCCCUACUUGGAACCCUUUACAUAUUCUUUCCUAAUAAUUUUGGUAUCUCUGUUACUUUAGAUAUUUUUUUGAGAAAUAAUUUAAAAUCCCUGCUCUGCAUAGAAUGGAGAGGAGAACAGGAAAACCCUGAACUUCAGCCUCUCUUCAUCUCACUCACUUCUCUGAUGUUCAUGGGUGGGUUAAAAAAAAGGAAAACGACAUCUUUAAACAGUAUUUUUAUAAUGCCUUGUUUUUUUAAAAAAAAUAAAUUUUUGAAAUGUACCUGUGUACAUAACUUUGUAAAAACACUGAAAAAUUAUACUAACUUAUUUAUGUUAAAAAGAUUUUUUUUAAUCUAGAAGAUGUUUUCCCAUAAAGCCAAAGUGGCAUGCGUUUUUUGUGCAUUUGUAAAUGCUCUCCUUGGUAGGGUUUUUUAGAUUAUAUUUGGGGGGUUGUUUUGUAAUUAAUAUGGCUGUGCUUAAAUGAUUGCAGACUGAGCCAAUUUAAUUUUUGUGUGUGUGAAGACAUUUGCCAAUUGAUAUUGUUCCACAUCAAGCAAUCAAUAAAUAAAACUGCCAUAUAUAAAUAAAGAAAUAUCUAUCUAUAUGUA